AUGGCAACAACGUACCCAGGUUCACAUGGCCCGAAUUGUAGCGAGGCUUGCAGUCCGACGGCGCAACAGAACAGGAAGAACACGAAAGCAAAUCCAUCAGCAACCAGAGCAUUUGCGUCCAAGGAUCUCAAAGAAUUGAAAGGAUUUUGCCCCGAACGACUCGUCCUGCAAUGGGGCCUUCCACGUUCUUCGCUCACAGACGACUUCUUUACGCGUCACUAUGCCGCCAUCAUAUCAAAUAUCAAUCUCCACGCCAAGCAGAUUUUCGAAGUUGGCGAUGUUCCGCCUCCAGGACCCGUAUGGUCCGUGGUAACUGGCGACCAGAGUUCGGAAAUGGAACGUACUAUCGAGAAAGUUGCCCGGCCAGAUCCGCGAGACAAGAGCCCUUGGGAUGAUCUGAUUGCCUGCGACUACAAACGGAUAGUAGUCAUGAGGGCCUUCUUCUUGAAGCUUUUCGAGGAACAGAUAUUUUCACUUCAACUAUUUGGCGCAGACAACCAGCAGCGACUUUCACUGCUCCAUCAAGACAAGCAGUUCAUGAAGCAUGAAGGUUUCAGACGAUCGGAGUUGAGAGCAAAAACGGUGAAUAUGCUACUAGAAGAGAAUCAUGGCCUGCCACCUCUGUUUUGGAAGCAAGUCGACUAUUAUACUAUGAAGACCUUCUUGCUCAUAAGGCCAAUCCUGACCUGGGUGAGAAUGACCUGGCCUGAGAACGGCCCGAACCCUUCUAUCCGGUCAAUUUUCCAGAUGAUUCACCACGACGUGGCUUACGCAGCUUGGCUUUCCGUCAACAUUCGUCUGUCUCCCGAGGUUCUUCACUUUGAAUGGCGCGAGCCCGACGAACUCUAUGUGCCGGGUGACUUUGAGAUCCCCGAUCCAGGAGUGCUGCCAAGACCAUCCAACGCCUUAUUGAGCCCGACGUCUACUGGGUUUAUCGUUUCGACAAGUCGAUUCAGAGAGCCGCCGAUAGAGCCACCGUUGUCGAGAGUGCUGAUUUCCUUUGUCCCCGUCGUUCAGAGAGUCUCGCUCGUCGAGGGUGCCAAUGGAGAAGAGCCCAUUGGUAGCCAGAGGAGAAGGUUGUUGGAGUCUCGGACGGCCUACUAUACCCUCUGGCGCCACACGGAUGAGGUUGAUUCAUCGCCGCGCUCGCUUGUCGACCACGCAUGUGAGAUGAGGCGACCUAGACCGACAUACUUCUCUGCGAUCAUCCGUCCAUUGUUCUGGCAGCUUCUGAUGUACAUUUUGCUCAUUCAACUCCUGAGAUACGUCUAUCAACUGCGGGAUGAGUACAACAGGCGAGACCAUGAGGGUGGGGCGGACUCUGCAUACGAUCCGUCGUCCGGUCGUGCUGGGACCUAUGAGGGUGUUUAG